AUGACCUCCCAGCUGCAGUGGGUGAGAUGGCUCUGCUCUGCUUUCCUGGGCUACCUGAGCUGCUGCUGCGCUCCGCAGGCUGAGGCGCAGUUCCCCCGCGUCUGCAUGACAGUAGAGGCGCUGCUGGCCAAGCGCUGCUGCCCAGCCUUGGGGCAAGAGCCAGGCAAUGUGUGUGGCUCCCAGCAGGGCAGGGGAUCAUGCAGGGAGGUGCAGGUGGACACCAGGCCAUGGAGCGGCCCGUACACCCUCCGCAACGUGGAUGACCGGGAACGAUGGCCCCUGAAGUUCUUCAAUCAGAGCUGCCAGUGCACAGGAAACUUUGCUGGCUAUAACUGUGGUGACUGCAAGUUUGGCUGGACUGGCCCCAGCUGUGAUGAAAGGAAGCCACUUCUUGUCCGGAAAAAUGUCCAUGCGUUGACUGCAGCGGAGAAAGAACAGUUCUUAGAUGCUUUAGACCGUGCAAAGAAUACCACUCACCCAGACUAUGUGAUUGCUACACAGCACUGGCUGAGUCUCCUUGGGCCCAAUGGAACUGAACCACAAGUUACAAACUGCAGUAUUUAUAACUGCUUUGUGUGGCUUCAUUACUACUCAGUCAGGGACACCCUAUUAGGACCUGGCCGCCCAUUCACCGCUAUAGAUUUCUCCCACCAAGGACCUGCCUUUGUUACUUGGCAUAGGUACCAUUUGCUGCUGCUGGAAAGAGAUCUCCAGAGACUGAUUGGCAAUGAAUCCUUUGCAUUGCCCUAUUGGAAUUUUGCCACAGGUAGAAAUGAGUGCGAUGUGUGCACAGAUCAGCUUUUUGGAGCAUCAAGACCAGAAGAUCCAAGCCUAAUAAGUCAGAAUUCAAGGUUCUCACGCUGGGCAAUAGUGUGCAAUAGCUUGGAUGAUUACAACCGUCUGGUUACACUGUGUAAUGGGACUAAUGAAGGGAUUCUACGGAGGAACCCACAAGGGAAGUCUGGCGAGCAGCUGCCAACCAUGGAAGAUAUCCAGAACUGCCUUUCACUUCAAGAGUUUGAUAAUCCUCCUUUUUUCCGGAAUUCUAAUUUCAGCUUCAGGAAUUCCCUGGAAGGGUUUGGUAAACCAGAUGGAACUUUUGUCUCCCCAGUGGUGAGCCUGCAUAACUUGGUUCACUCUUUCCUGAAUGGAACCAGCGCUUCCCCUCAUGCUGCAGCCAAUGAUCCAAUUUUUGUGGUCCUUCAUUCUUUUACGGAUGCCAUCUUUGAUGAGUGGAUGAAACAAUUUAACCCCUCUGACAAUGCUUGGCCUCUAGAGCUGGCCCCUAUUGGGCACAACAGGAUGUUCAACAUGGUCCCUUUCUUCCCUCCUGUGACCAACGCUCAACUCUUUCGAGCUGCAGAACAACUUGGCUACAGCUAUGCCAUUGACCUGCCAGAUUCACUUGAAGAAACACAUGCUUGGGCUAUUACGGUUGGAUCCACUAUUGGAGGAGCACUGAUAGCUUCAGUUGUACUAAUUAUGCUGCUUGCACUCUUUCAGCACAGAAGAAACAGAAAAGGUUUUGAACCACUGAUGAAUGCAAGAUUCAGCAAAAAAAAUUAUACAGAAGAGGCCUAG